AUGAUGGAACUCGAUGCUGAAGGCACGAUUCUGCAUAGCAUCCGUACUAAAGCUGUCGAUUUCCAGACUAACAUUGACUCUGUCAGGGAGAAAGCUAAGGCGUCCGUUGCUGAAAUCCAUCUGCAGAAUCAGAAGCGGAUCCAGGCAGAGUUUAUCGCCUCGAAAGCACUGGAGGUUGAGGAGAUCGCGAAGGCGGCUAACUCGCGUAUCACUGCUCUGGCGACAAGGAUGGAGGAUUACAUACAGGGGCUGAGUGCGGAUCCGGACCUGGUGGUGUCUGACGCUGCCAAGGAGAAGUUUCGUCUACUCAAAGGAUUCUGCAUAGAGAAAGCCCAAGCCGACAUCGCUGCUGCCAAGGAUGAACUUACCAUCCGGGAGCUGGAUAGACAACGCAAGAAAGCCGCCGAGGAUUUGAAGAAAGCUGCUGCGUCUGAGGAGGUGCAGGAGAUGGAGCUAGAACCUGCGUUAGAGGAGAUUCUCGCGAAGCAGGUUAAGAAGAUUGAAGACAAGCUUCGCAAGGAAAUUACUGCGAAGGUUGAGGCCAGUCUUACGAAGAAACUGCAGAAGAAUCUCUCUCUUAAGGAACAAGACCCUGCGCAGGCCACUGCUGCCAAUCCGAAGCAGAAGAAUACGGCGGGAAAGCAGAAAAGUCAGGAGAAUGGCAACGCUGCACCUGCUGGAUCGAAGCCGAGGAGGAAGCGGGCGCUGGGGUUGGGUUUGAAGUUCAUCCCCACGCCCACCGUUUCCCUUUCGGCCGGAAUUGAGCUCGAUCAGCUUUUCCGGCAGAUCUCGUUACAUUUUUUCUUCAAGGAUGCGGACGGUCCACUUAGGGAUUCGCGGUUUCAUGUGCGUAACCCGACGUGGCUGCCCGAUCGGAUGGUGAUUCCGGAGCAGGUCUUCAAGGACUCGUCUUCUGACUUGUCCGUCUUGUUGAAGGCAACUCAGCCUGACCGACGUCGGAAUCUUUCAGCUGGCGUUAGGAAGGCGUUGCGCACCAUCGCUGCGGAUCGAGACGUGGUGAUUAAACCGGCUGACAAGAAUGUUGGGAUUACCAUGAUGGAUUGGGGACAUUACAUUCGGUUGUGCAUGGAGCACCUUGGUGACAGCACGACUUACUCUCUGCUCUCUCACGAUCCUACCGCCGAUGUCUACCGGAAGCUACGUGAACUGCACAGCGUUUGGGGCCCUGCUCUUCCCGAAACUUUGUGGAAGUAUUUUUUCAACCAGCCGCCUGGAGGGUGGAAGCCCGCGGCCUUCUACAUCUUGCCGAAGCUGCAUAAGAAGAAGCUUGUGGGGCGCCCGAUCGCCGCCUCACACUCAUGGGUGACUUCGAACGUUAGCCGUUGGCUCGAUGCUGAACUACGACCGUGGGUACUGCAGCAGCAGACAUACCUCCGUGAUUCCCUCUCGCUACUCUUGAAGCUGGAAGAAACCGCCUUCCCGAAAGGGAUCUUCCUAGCCACCUACGACGUUACUGCUCUCUACCCCAGCAUUCCACUUCAGAGAGGUAUCGACGCAGUGAGUAGCAUUCUUCAGAGUGGGAAGUACCAUAAUCACCUCCCGGUCAUCGCCUUGCUGGAGUGGGUGAUGAUGAACUCUGUUGUUGAGUUCGACGGCCAGUUGUACUUACAGCGACAAGGAACUGCUAUGGGAACUUCUGCAGCAGUGUGUUUCGCGGUGCUGUUUAUGAGCCGUCUGGACGAGGUGCUGAAACACAGGUGGUUCGGGACGCAGCCGUUGUGCCACGUGAGAUACAUCGAUGAUGGCUUCAUUGUUUGGCCAGGUUCUCGGAGUGAGUUGGAGUGCUAUCUCAGCACUUUCAACGGUUUGGAUCCCAACAUCAAGUUGACGUGGCACAUCUCGGACUCCUCGGCUGACUUUCUUGAUAUGGUCAUCUUCAAGGGACCACGUUUUGCCGAGAAGGGUAACCUGGAUCUGAAGACAUUUCAGAAACCCAUGAAUAGUUACCUGUACCUGCCGUUUUCUUCUUACCACCCGCGACACUGCAAGGUUAGCUUCAUCCGUGCAGAACUGAGACGGUACCUGUUACGCUCGACAUCUGCCAAAGCUUUCCUAGCCUCUAAGCACGAAUUUUUCCAUCGGCUUAGACGUCGCGGUUAUCCUGGGGACUUUCUUCUGCCCAUUUUUCGGAGUGUGUUCUUCCGAAACCGCCCUCUCCUUUUGGAGACUACUGCUGCGCGCCAAGCUCACAAGCUCAUCCCUCUCCCCAACGCGGACCCUUGGUCUUGA